AUGCUACCAACCAACAGCAUCUGCAUGUUUGGCCCGUUGAACACGCACCAGGAAUAUGAGCCAGCCCCUGGGAGAUUCGAAGAUUAUAUCAUCUCCCAGGGGCUGGCAACAUGGCAGAGAAGCUACCACCUGCGUGUUCAGCGGGCUAACUAUGCAAUUCCGUCGACAACACGCCAGCUCCUAGGAGGGUGGACAAUAUAUGACCUCCUAGGAGCUGGCAACGAUGGUACAACGAAUACCAUCUGUAUGGUUGGCCCGCUGAACACGCAGGAACAUGAUCCAGCCCCUGGGAGAUCCGAAGACUACAUCUUCUCCUAG